UGCAACAUUGAACUUAUUCCGGCGGAAGUUUAGUGGCGAGGCCCUGUCCACAAAGAAAUGGCGAGUGGAGUCGGGAAACACAAGAUGCUGUCCGUUGGCCCGACGGAGCCGUGGUCAUUGAGGGAGAAACUAUGCCUAGCCUCCUCUGUAAUGAGGAGCGGAGACCAAAACUGGGUGUCAGUCAGCAGAGCCAUCAAGCCUUUCUCAGAGCCAGGCCGCCCUCCAGACUGGUUCUCCCAGAAGCACUGUGCCUCUCAGUAUUCUGAACUGCUGGAGACCACAGAGGCUCCAAAGCGUAAGCGUGGGGAGAAGGGUGAGGUGGUGGAGACCAUCGAGGAUGUGAUCGUACGGAGACUCACCGCCGAGAGGAUAGAGGAGCUGAAAAAACGACUGAGAGACACACAGGACAAAUACAGAAAGCUGAAGAAGGAGGUGGAUCUGAUCCAAACAGGACAUCUGGACUCCCGGCUGGAGGAGCUGUGGACAGACAUAACACAGAAAAAGAAGCAGGAUGAGGAUGAGGCAGAUCUUAAGAGGAAGGCCACAGAGACAGCCUAUCAGGCUCGCCAAGCGGUUAAGAACACACCCAAGCGGGUGCCCAGUGUCACUGUACGCUCCCCUCUGAGUGCCACGAGCAUGGAGGAGGCACAGACAGACACCCCGACACCCCCAACAGAUACAGCCAUGCCCCAGGCAGAGGAGACCUCUGGCGCCAAUGUGGGGGUGGCCGUGUUCCUACCGUCGUCGGACGCUCCAAUGGCGGGGCCUGAGGAGAGAAGCCUGGGGUCUCCGGUAGAUGACUCCCCACAGAAGAGGCUCCUCAGUCAGAAGUCCACGCCGCCUCCCUCACCUCUCCUUUCAGAGCUGCUGAAGAAAGGAAGCCUGAUCUCUGCUAGCCCCAGACUGGUAGUGGAGGGGGAUGUUGCUGCUGCAGGACUGGCUAACGGAGGAGUUCCUACUACAACCCCCGCUAUCACAGCAGGCCUUGAGGUUGCCAGUGCAGUCAGAGAGGCAGGCUCAGAGGUGGUGAAGGUGGAGCUAGUGAUGGAGCCAGGGCUAGUGAAGGAGGACAAUGUACCUGGUUCCUACAUGGGGGACGAGCUGGACCUAAGAGAUAUCAUCGCCAUCAUAGAGGAGAAGGUGGAUGACUCUGUGGAGGCUCUAGAUGCUGCAGCAGUGGAGGCUGCUCUCUCUCUCUGUGAGGAGGCUGUUUCUGCUGGCCACUCCCUCUCAGGCCCAUGGGAGGCCCAGGACUUGAAGGCCUCAGAGCCUGGUCCUACGGUUCAGUCUGACCCCACACAGGGGCUUCAGGCUGGGGCGGGAGCUAACCCUGGGGGCCUGGAGCCACAGACAGAGACAGAGCGUGGAAGGGGGGAAGCCGAGGAGGGGAACGGGAAGGACUGUGAAGGACAAGAAACAGUACAGACAGACGUUGCCCCUUCUGUUGUCGCUGAUGAUGGCCUGGCAGGAAGUGAGGUCACAGAGGAGGGCGUUCUAGGGGAGGAAGGAGCCCUGAGCACAGCUGUGAAGACUGAAAAUGAGGAGUGGACCCAGCCAGAACCAAACACACCCUGCCUAGACUCAGAAGACAGCUCCGGAUCAGGGAAAGAGUCCAAGGAAGUGAAGGAUGAGGAUGGAGGGAGCGACGGGGAUCCUGAUGAAGGAAUGGAGAUGAAGGAGUGUGGAGAGGGGGAGGGGCCCUACCUAUCAGAAGUAGAACCAGCAGCCAGUGAGAGCGAGGACGGCUAUGGCCCCUCCUCCCAACGCUACACCACAGCUGAUUCGCUAGCCAGCAGCCCCGCCUCUUCCCAGUUUUCGAUAUGUGGGGAGGAUCAGGAGGCCGUUCAGGCUCAGAAGAUCUGGAAGAAAGCCAUCAUGCUGGUGUGGAGAGCAGCAGCCAAUCACAGGUACGCCAGUGUGUUCCUUCAGUCUGUGUCUGAAGACAUCGCCCCUGGUUACCACAGCAUUGUACACAGACCCAUGGAUCUGUCGGCCAUCAAGAAGAGUAUCGAGGCGGGUCAGAUCCGUACGACAGCAGAGUUCCAGCGUGACAUCAUGCUGAUGUUCCAGAACGCGGUGAUGUACAACAGCUCUGACCACGACGUGUUCCACAUGGCUUUGGAGAUGCAGAGGGACGUUCUAGAACACGUGCAGCAGUUCCUGGCCACUCAGCUCAUCAUGCAGACCUCAGAGUCCUCCAUCUCCACCAAGAGCCUCAGAGGCCGCGAGGGGGGCCGCAAGCCAGGGGAGUCAGUGGAGAAGGACAGUGUCCCAAUGGCUUCUCCCGCUUUCCUUCUCUCUCUCUUUUGGUUGUCUUCAACUUCUCGUCUGAUCCAUCGCUUUUCUUUCUUCUCUGGUUUUCCUCUGGUGGGAGAUCGUCUUGUGUUUUUAACGGGCCAACCACGAGCCAUCGCUGGGUUUUCAACCUGGUGUCAGACUGACCUUCACCCACCUCUCUUCCCUGCAGGACGGGGGCACAAGAGGGCGCCGCUGUGCUAUUGAAGCAGACAUGAAGAUGAAGAAAUAACCAGAGAGUCAAAAGGCAGUAGGACAGUAGGGUGCCAACAGGCCAGAGGGCUGUAGGUUUAAAGAGAGAGUUGAUGUAGUGAUUGGACGAUUUUAACCAGAGAAUGUUUGGUGGAGUUGUUACUGUUCUGAGAAGUUGGUUGUUUGAGUUUAAUCAAAGAGUUUUCGGUUCGAUGGUUUGUGUCAGAGAUAGGGCGAGCAGGGCUGCAGUCUUCUGGUAUUCUCUCCAGGCCAUUUCUGAUUUAUCAUUGUGUACCAUAGUUGUGUACUGUUUAAUUAACUAACUUAAGUCUAUGAUUGUAUUUAAAGCCAGUACACUAGAUAUCCAGACAUCAUAUGAUUCUGAUUGACAGUUGCCACUGGUAACCAGCAGACACUGCAGCCCUGGAGGACUGAAUCUGUUUUACUACUGCAGUACUACAGUAGUACUAAAGUACUAGUGACUGACUGACUUGGGGCCCCAUUGUUUUGUGUAUAGGAUGUAGCCAACUGCAAAAUAUGCUGCAAGGAAUCAUGAUCCCACUGGGCACAAACUGGUUGAAUCAACGUUGUUUCAAUGUAACUGAACAAAAAUAUAAACGCAACAUGCAA